AUGAUAAAAAAUAUACUUAAGAAAAGAAAAUACUGUGAUAGAUUUCUACUACUAAAUUCUCGGUGUAUUCAUAACAGUCAUUUAAAUAAAACUCUGAAGAACAUAUAUAACGAAAAAUUGAGAGAUAAGUACCUGGAUAAUAUAUAUAACAAUGAAAUUAAUAUUAACACUAUAAAUAAAAAUAUUAAACACAAGAAGAUUGACUAUUUGAGGCAGUUAAUAUACGAAGAAGUAAAUGGCGAUGAGUAUCUUUUAAGUGAAAAUAUUUUGGAAGAAAUAAAAAAAAAUAAAAAUAAAUAUGGGCACAGCGAUGGUAACAGCAUUGACAAUGAUCAUAACAGUAACAGGUACAGUGACAUCAUCAAUAGGAACAGCAGUAGUGGUGCAAGUUACUGGAACAAUGAUAAUGAAGCAAAGGAUGAGGGGGAAAAAAGUCGAAAAAACCACCCUAUCGAACAAGGAAAGGAAGAAAUGAGUGAAUCAAAAUAUAAACAGGCAAUUAGAAUAUAUAAUUUGUUGAAGUUAAAUGACAAAGCUAGUAUUUUCGAUGAAGAUGUAUUUAUGAAUAUAGAUAGUAAAAUAAAUCAUGAUAUUUAUGAAUUUGCUCAAAAGAACCUUAUAAAUUAUCCGUACGAAAACAUAGAUUCCCCAUCUAGAAUUAGCAAGAAAAACGAUAUAGAUGUACAAACUGUAUGUAAUGAUAAAACAGCUACGUCAGAAAGUUUAGAGUAUAAAACGGAGGGAACUAGCGACAGUAGUAUAAACAAUGAUCCAAUUAACAAUGAUCCAAUUAACAAUGAUCCAAUUAACAAUGAUCCAAUUAACAAUGAUCAUACUUUUGAUGAAAGCAAUUUUAUGAAUAUUACAAAAAUGAACCUGCCUAUAUUCAAUCCUUCAAGUUUUUGUCUAGCCAUAGAAUGCUUAACUAAUUAUAUCUGUGAUGAUUUAAUUAUUUUAUUUGGGGACUUGGUAGAUAAGAAAAAGAUACCAGAAAAAGGAGAAAAUGAUAGAUUAUAUAAAUUUAUUAAUUUAUUAUGUAAUUUUUUUAGUUUAGAAAAAAAGCAUUCAGACGUAGAUAGAUGGAUGCUUGAUGUGUAUAAAAAGAUAAAAAGUAAAUUACCAUCAAAACUCAGAAACAUUAAAGAUGAGUAUAUACAAAAAUGGAUAAAGGGACAUUUAGAACGAGUUUUACUUAACGAAAAAUAUAAAAAUGAAACCUUAUAUAAAGAAAAAUAUUAUAAUUUAGGAAAUGAUUUUGUAUAUGACAAUUUGCCAUUGAAUAAUACGAAUGUUAUGGAUAACAAAAUAAAUUUUUCUACUAACAAAUUAACUUACUAUUUUAAAACAAUUAUUGAAUUUUUACUAGAGAAAAAAAUAGAUAAUGAUUUAGAAGAACAAUUAAAAAUGAUGUUUUUAAAUCUAAAAAAAAUAGGUUUACAGAAUUGGUUAAAAAUGGACGUAAAAGACUUUGAAAAAUAUCUGUUAAGAAAUAAAAAUAAUAAUUUUUUAGAAAUAUCAGAAAACGAUAAGUAUGUAUCCUAUUUAAUGCUAAAGUGUGCAAGUCGCAAUAUUACAGACUUUUUCUUUUAUGAAGAAUUUUCUCCAUUUUAUCUUUUUCAAGAAAAACCAAAAAACUCUAUUGAAGAAAAAAUAAAUAGUUUACAAGAAAACAAACAUAUAUCAGAUGAUGAAUUAAAAAAAAUGAUUUAUACGAAUCAGUCUGCAAUAACUAUAACAGGUAGCAAUAACAUCAAUGACGAUGAAUAUAACGAUAUGGACAUUGACCUAUUCUUAGAAAAGGAAAAGAAAUAUAACAUGAACAGAUCAUUAAUUACUUACAACUUUGAUGAAAAUACCAAUUCAUAUAACUACAAAUACAAACAAAUUCCAAAUACUAUAUAUGAUCAAAAUACUAAUAAAUAUAUAAGAGAAAAAGAAACAAUUGAUCCAAUGCUGAAAUUAAAUGAAAUGAGGUCUUCCAUAUUGGAAGUUAAAAGGAUGAUGAGCAUGACUAAAGACGGAAGGGUGUAUUAUAUAAGAAUAAUCAUAAUUAUAGGUAACGGAAAGGGGGUAUAUGGCUAUGGGGUAGGUUUUGGAAAAAAUAUUAAAGAAGCUAGGAACAGUGCUUUAUUGAAUUCUAUUAGCAAUAUAGAUUUUAUAGAUUACAAUUAUAAAAAUUGUAUUUUAAAUUUUCCAGUUAGUGGACAAGAAUAUUCUUCACAUGUUAAAAUAAUACCUCGACCCUUGGGAAAAGGAUUAAAGAUGAAUAGAAAAUAUUUACCGUUAGGAUAUAUAUUAGGAUUAGACAAUGUUAAAAUUUCUUUCAGUGGUAGUAACAAAUGGAUGAGUAGAAUAAAAGCAUUAAAAAGAUGUUUAAACAAAAUUGUAUCUAUUAAAACAUUAUGCAAAAUGACAGGAAAAAAGUAUGUUUGUCAUUUUGCACCACAUUAUUGUACCAGUCAUUGGCCUGAUUACUGGUUUAAAAAUAUUUUAAAAGAAUACCAAUAUAAAAUUCAAAGAAUUCAGAAAAAAAGAAGUAUGGUAUGCAGAAAGAAUUUUAGAUCUAAUAUUUCAAAAAUUCCUGAAGAAGUUAGACCAGACUUUACUCCUUAUACCUGGAAGACACCAAUACAAAAAUAUGUCGAAUUGCAGAAGUUGAAGAGGUACAUAGAUAAUAACAUUUUCCGUACCAACGUUUUCUAA